GGAGUGAUGGGAGGUCGCCAUAUUGGAUCCACUGUCUCACAGGCCGAGAGGAACAAACAGACCUCUGAUUGGUCCUCAGUUUUCGGCUCUUCAUUACCGAGCUACGUGUUAUUUUUAAUGUAAUCGUGUGUCCUGGUUAAACAGCUCUCGGUCUGGAGGACGUUAUAGGAGGAUAUGUUUUAAGAGGGUGUGUUUUAUCCUGGUGGAUAAAGCUAGCUAAGCUAAGCUAAGCUAAUUUGAAUGGAUCCAAGGGUCGCCUGGAUACAGCCGGAACAGAAAGGACCUGCUAAUGCGUUAUGGAUGCAUGUGUGGGAGACGUCUCAGGGAAUCCGGACUAACUCUGCUCUCCAUCACCGACAACAACAAAGCGAACAGGGGAAAGAUGUGUGCAACGAGCCUGGGUGUUCAUCCAGCACGAUUAACAAUAAUAAUCCUCCUCUGAACCCGACUGAAAUGGCUCCUACUCAUAAGGGCUCCUGGUGUCCACCGGAUUCGGUAACAGACAGCUCCUACACGGAUCCCACUUCCGCCUUAAGAGCUACCGAUACCAACAAGAACCGUGUUAACGAACUGAACAACGUGAUCCAGAAUCACCUCCAUAAUCAUUAUCACCACCAUCAGCAACAUUCGCAGCCGUGUUUUCAGCAGAACUGCAUGAAGCGCUUCCCGUUUAACAACCACAAUAAUCAGCAUCAUCUUCAUCAUCAUCAUCAUCAUCCUGGACGGAGGAAAAACGAAAACAAAGCCAGUACAUACGGGAUAAAUUAUAUUCUGUCUAACUGGACUAACGGAAAUCAUGUCAGUCCUGUUACUCUGUGGAAGACCAGGACGUACCGCCCAGGAGUUAACGGGCUUCAUGAGGAGAUUAUAGACUUCUACAACUUCAUGUCCCCUCGACCCGAAGAGGCCACCAUGAGGCAAGAGGUAGUCUAUCGAAUCGAGUCCGUCAUCAAGAAGCUGUGGCCAAGUGCUGACGUUCAGAUAUUCGGCAGCUUUAGCACUGGGCUCUACCUCCCUACCAGUGACAUUGACUUGGUGGUGUUUGGGAAAUGGGACAGACCUCCGCUGCAGCAGUUGGAGCAGGCCCUCCGGAAAAAUAACGUGGCCGAGCCAUUCUCUAUUAAAGUACUUGACAAAGCUACGGUACCAAUUAUAAAAUUGACCGAUCAGGAAACAGAGGUCAAAGUGGACAUCAGUUUCAACGUGGAGACUGGAGUCAAAGCUGCUCACUUCAUCAAGGAUUAUGUGAAGAAGUAUACCGUGCUGCCUUACUUGAUCUUCGUGCUGAAGCAGUUCCUCCUGCAAAGGGACCUGAAUGAGGUCUUUACUGGAGGCAUCAGCUCCUACAGCCUCAUCCUGAUGGUCAUCAGCUUCCUGCAGCUCCACCCCCGAAUCGAUGCUAGCUCUCCCAACACGAACCUCGGCGUUCUGCUCAUCGAGUUCUUCGAGCUGUACGGCCGCCAUUUUAACUACCUGAAAACAGGCAUCAGGAUAAAGAACGGCGGCGCCUACAUGGCUAAAGAGGACAUCAUGAAAGCCAUGAACAACGGCUACAGGCCCUCCAUGCUCUGCAUCGAGGACCCUCUUCUUCCAGGUAAUGACGUGGGCAGGAGCUCGUAUGGAGCCAUGCAGGUGAAACACGUGUUCGAUUACGCCUACGUCGUUCUCAGCCACGCGGUGUCGCCUCUCGCGAACUCCUACCCCAACAAGGAUAGCGACAGCACUUUGGGACGCAUCAUUAAAGUCACCCAGGAAGUGAUCGACUACAGGGAGUGGAUCGUUAACAAGUGGGGCAGCAGGAAAAGCGGUCCUGCUAAUAAAGACUCGGCGGAGCAGGUGGACUCGAGCGCUCUGCUCGGUGUUGGAGUGGAGGAGCAGCAGCAGCUCCAGAGAGACUCCGUGUCUCCUAACAGCGCAGACUCUUCAAUGUCUCUGUCCAGCCCCCAGCAGCACUCGUCUGCUUCCUCUCUGUCAGGCAGCGACAUCGACUCGGACUGCACACCGUGCGUUGCUCCAGCAUUGCCCUCCUACCCUCUGCAGACGAUGGCACUGGGCACGCUGCCCGCUGAGCUGCAGAUGGGCACGAGCAAGGCCAACGUCACCAUGCCGCUCACAAUGCCCGCUGCCAACCAGACAAGAGUUUCAGUGCCCGGGAGUCUUCCUCGCCACGUUUUACCUGGCAGACAGCAGGCUGGUCCCAAGGGCUUCCACAACCCGGCUUUACCACACGGCCAAAUGCAGUACAACCGCAACACGUGGCGUCAUAAGAAGAGGGACAGCCUACCAGCUAGUGUCAGUAGAUAAACACAGCGUACUCUUCUUCCAUCCCUCCUCCUCCUGUCAUAAAACGAUGAUAACUCGACGAGGCCUCCUGCUGGUGGGGCGCGAGCCGAGAGACCAGCAGUUUCUGCCGCAGCUCCUCGCUCAGUAGCUGCGCUAAUGUUGGUGCUACGUUUACUUUCCCACUCCAUUCUUGCACGUGUGUGAAUGUCACAAUCUCCACCCCUGAGGAUGCCUCAGACCGUUUAAUGAUCUACACCAUAACUUCUGCCCACAAGGAAAACGUUUUUGUUCUUGCUUUUCCUGUGUCACUUGACUUGGGGGUUUUUUGUUUUUUUUUUAACAGGACACCAUACACCGACACUAGAUCCAGCAGCUUAUCGAUUAUAUGUAUUGUUUGUGCAUAUUUUAUUUUAUUUUUUUUCUCGGUUUUAUUUUUAUAGGAUUUUUAAUUUCAGUAAAUAUUACACAGUCGCCCAUAUUUAGAUUAAAAAAAAAAUCUCUAGACAGUAAGCUUUAAAUGAGUCAUUUAGGACGACCGACCCUGAGCAUUGAGUGGGACGGUGUGUGUGUAUGUGUGGUGUGUGCGCUCAGUGAAGAUUUUAACAGUCUGCAGGUGGCACCAUUUUCUCAUUUGUCAACAGAUUUUUCUCAGCACUCUUUUGACGUGUGUUUGUGUGUGUUGGUGAGAACGAAUUGUACUUUAUCUUUGAACAUGGGUCUGUCUUAGCUGUAGCUCAGCUUACAUUAGAGCUACACUGCAUGACAGCCAAAGAAGCCUAUAUUCCAGCACUCAGACCUCCAUAUUAGGUCGUGUGUGUAUGUGUGUGUGUUUCCCUUUUAGAUUGCUUUAAGUGUCAGUAACUAUGGGAGCCUGAGAACUGAACAUGCAGCUGAGAGACAGGUGACAGCAACCAUCUUGGACUCCCUGAGCUCUUGUUUGGCUCCCAGAUAAACGAAAAGGGACAUGAAAGGGAACUUUACUCUGAUUCCUUUCUGGAAUCUUUAUGUGUAUUUCCAGGUACUUGUACUAUUUUAUUGCCUUGUCAGGUCAUUUUUUUUUUUUUUUUUUUUUUUUUUUGUUUUGUUUUAUUCCUGUACUGUAUAAUAUUUCCUGUCUGUAUAUAGCACACUAAACUGUAUUGCUGUUACUUUGGAGUGAUACAAGCAUACAGGUUAUUGUAACUAUGCAAAUGGAGCUUUGAAUCCUUUUCCGUUUGACAACCAAAUCUCGAAGCCAGAGAGGAAAAAACGAGAGAAUCUGAGUGAAACCAGGGCACUUCAGUUUAGCAGGCUAACCAAGGAACAGCUGAACAGUUUGUGUUUGCAAGGAAAAUAUAAAAGGAAAAAAAAAAACAGUGUCUGACUGCUGCUGUGAUAAAAUGUUUUGGCAGCAGUUGGAAUAUUUCCCAUAUCUUCUCUCUCUCUCUCUCUCUCUCUCUCUCUCUCUCUCUCUCUCUCUCUCUCUCUCUCUCUUUUUCUUGUUUUGUUUUGUUUUUUAAGAUCAUAUCUGAGCAGCAAGGAAACAACAGAUAGUCACUGCUUAGGAUCCGUUAACUUUGCAGUGAGAAACUUUACACACACCUUUCAACUGGAAAAGUGAACUUCUAGGUGUAAUAAGCAGCAGAAGAGCAGGAUCUAUGGGGCAAAACAAAAACCCUCAGAUCAUAAAUUUCUUUUAUUAUUUUUAUUUUAUUUUUAUUUUUUUUUGCUGUUUCACCGUAAUAUUUUUAUGUACUUUAUUUUCUAUUUUAUUUUUUAAAUAAAACUUUUAAAAACCA